GUCAAACUUGGAGACAAACCAGCCAAAGCUCUCUUUUUUGUUGGUUUUUCUAAGAUGGUGACGUUCAAGAACUGUUGUUUUAUUAAAGAUAGAAACAUGGAAAAGGGCGGAGAGAUUAGUCAAAUAAUGCCUACAAACAGAAUCCAACAUCUUUGAAGCAGAGGAGCUCUCUGUCUUUCUGGGUGGAUUUCUAGCAGUCUAUACGUUUUUCCUUUCUUUCUCUGUUUGGUUGUUUGGAAAACGUGCUAUAGGUUGUAGAAAAGAUGGCUGACAAUGGAAGAGUACAUCCACAGUGUGUUAAUGCUUGCAAUCCCUAUCAUGAAUGUGGUGUAGCUUGCCUUGAAAAAAUUUCACAAGGCCAGGGGUGGAAAGAGAAGAAAAAAUCAGAUUAUCGCAAUGGUAUAAAAGGAGGUGGCCUUAGCAAAAAGAUGGAUGGAGAAAGGAGAGCAGACUCAACUUGCCCUAAAGCAUCUAAUCCUUACCAUCAAUGUGGCAAAUUUUGCUCUUAUAGAACUGCUGAGGCCAAGCCUCGGGGGGCUAACAAAGAAUCAGGCUCUUUCAUUCUUGAAGCUUCUCGAAGCUUCGGCAGGAAGAAGAAGGGGUCUGAAUCUCAGCCAAGGUCCCCUCAAAACAAUAUUUCUGCUGUUAAAGCAGUGUACCCUGCUGACACUCAGUCACCUCGAUCACCUUUUCCCGCUAAAAACAAGGUGGAACCAGAGAACAGUCAAUCUUCAUCAUCAUCCCGGCAACAUUCUGAAGAAGCUUACUCUCAAGAUCAUUCUUUUGGCAAGGGACAAGUUCGAGCCACUGAAUUUGUGCCUACAUCUGGAAAUCUAACGCCUAAUGGUACCAAAAACCUAUCACUUGGUGGUUUUACCUGUUUCGCCAUUGCGCCGCCAACCAAUCCAGACGACAAUGAAAAGCUUCAUGCUUCACCAGAGGAAGCUUCAUCUCCGAUCGCUAAGAAUGUGGAGAUGACUAAUGGUCCUGCUGCUGAGUCUCUGAACUUCACUUUUUCAGGCAUUUCCCGAGCUUCAGAAGAGAGUGAUGAUGAAAUUCAGUCUGUUAUUUCUGAUUCCUGUGUGUCAAUAGGAAAAUAUCAUGUGAGACCAAGUGCUGCUCCUAUCUUACAGUUAAUCCUUGACAAGUAUGGAGAUAUAGCAGCAAACUGUCGGUUAGAAUCAACUUCCUUGCGUGCUUAUUAUCUUGAAUGCCUUUGCACUGUGGUUCAAGAGUUGCAAUCCACAUCUCUUAAUCAGCUAACAAAAUCCAAAGUGAAAGAAUUUUUGGCUGUUCUUAAGGAUGUAGAGUCUGCACAAAUUGAUGUUAGUUGGCUGAGAAGUAUACUGAAUGGACUCACAGAAGCAAUGGAGCUCAACAAUCAGCAACAAGCAGCAGAGGAAGCAAAAGCCAACUGCAAUAACAUUAUAGAAUCAACAAGAAAAGAGCUAGAAUCCAUGGUGGAGAAUUUAGCUAAAAAAGAAAAAGAAGUUGCAGACACCAAGGCACAAAUUGAUGUUAGUUGGCUGAGGAGUAUAGUGAAUGGACUCACAGAAGCAAUGGAGCUCAACAAUCAGCAACAAGCAGCGGAGGAAGCAAAAGCCAACCGCAAUAAUAUUAUAGAAUCAACAAGGAAAGAGCUAGAAUCCAUGGUGGAGAAUUUAGCUAAAAAAGAAAAAGAAGUUGCAGACACCAAGGCACAAAUUGAGGAAACAAAGGCUCGCUUGAGUAAGCUUGAGCUUGAAUCCUCUCAAUUGAGUGAUACUAUUUUAUCCAUUAGAUCUAAGGUUGAAAAGUUUCCUACCAAACCAUUGGCGGGUCAGAUCUUGUAACUUAAGUAGGAGGGAAAACAUCAAGUAAUUUUUAUGUCUAGAAUUAUCUUGCAAUGUUCUUAAUCUUACCUCUAUGCUUGCAUUUAAGUAAUUGUAUGAUACAAAAUCAUGUGGGUGGUACCAUCCUUUGUAGUUAUGGUAUUCGUAUUCCUUUGUAUGGUCCAAAACAUAUAUAGCUGAUUUGAGAGUCAUUUACUGCA